GAAAAAAAAGCAGAGGGUUGUAGUGAGCGGGUGACGAUCAACUGCUGUGCUGAGACUGCUCUCCUCUCUCCAGUCUAGACAUCACAUCACAACCCAAAGCCGGCUAGUUAGCUGCCUCGUAUUUUGUUUGGGCCAAAAUGUCGACCACAACCGGCGGUGGGGAGUUCGGCAACCCUCUACGGAAGUUUAAGCUCGUCUUCCUGGGCGAGCAGAGCGUGGGAAAGACCUCGCUCAUCACCAGGUUCAUGUAUGACAGCUUUGACAACACCUAUCAGGCAACAAUUGGCAUUGACUUUUUGUCAAAAACCAUGUACCUCGAAGAUCGUACGGUCCGACUCCAGCUUUGGGACACUGCUGGACAGGAGCGCUUUCGUAGCCUAAUUCCCAGCUACAUCCGCGACUCUACCAUUGCUGUGGUUGUGUAUGACAUCACCAAUCUCAACUCCUUCCAACAAACCUCAAAGUGGAUCGAUGAUGUCCGGACGGAGAGAGGAAGUGAUGUCAUUAUCAUGCUCGUUGGGAACAAAACAGACCUGGCGGACAAAAGACAGAUCACCACGGAGGAGGGCGAGCACAGAGCUAAGGAACUGAAUGUCAUGUUCAUUGAAACCAGCGCAAAGACUGGCUACAAUGUCAAACAGCUGUUCCGUCGCGUUGCGGCCGCGUUACCUGGAAUGGAUAGCACAGCGGAGAAAAGCAAAGAAGACAUGAUCGACAUCAAACUGGAGAAGCAGCCAGAGAUGACUGUCACCGAGAGCAGCUGCUCGUGCUAGUACAUGACACUCGAAUCCAGCCCAUCAAGCCUGUCUCACCCCCAACCCUCCCCCCACCACCACCACCACCACCAACAACAACAACAGCUUGUCUCUCAGUCUCUCACCCGGGGAACAAACACUGGAGAGUUAGCGCGUGGAUGUGCGUUACUGAAGCCAAACAGAGAGUCCACGUUGAAAUCCGAGGGAUGCGUGAGCCCAUAGGCAUUUCUCAGUUUGAUGACUUGCAUGGCAUUUAAAGUAUAUACAUAGAAGCGCAGACUGACUUAGCUAACCGCUUUUUGGGUUAUCGCACAAACUCAUAAUUUCCGUGCUGUGACUUUUUUUUUUUUGUCAUUGUUGUCACGUAAAACGACGCGAUGGAUUGUUUAGGUGACUCCACAAGUUUUUUUGUUUUUUUUUUUUUGUACUGCAAGAGAGAAGUUCUAAGAUGGCUGCUUAUUUCUUAACUUCUAUGUUGUAUUUUAAGGAAGUAGAGACAGGAUCUUACGAAUUGUCACAAACUUCACACUUCAGGUUUUUGCAGCAUAUUAACACAACACAGCAGGAGGCGUCAAUAAGUGUGUAAUGAGGCUGCACUAUGGAAAGCCAUUUGUCAUUUAUUCUGCAUCCUUGCUAUUCGGGGUAUGGUCCAUGUACUAGUACACAUUUUAACAUCACUAUGAAGACAAUUUAGUGCACUAAUAGAAUGACUGUUUUACUAAUGUUGUUGGGUUUUUUUCCACUAGUACUGUCAUGUUUGACCUACUUGGAAACAAUGAAACAUUUUUCGUAAUCUACUGAACUACUUUAUUAAUAUUACUCUGAACAGCUAGUAAGCAUGUGCCACACGCUAGUAUCCUCAUUAUGAAAGAUAUCAAAUAAAUGCUCAAUUGGUUUUCCACAAAAAAAAGAAAUUCCUGUCUACUAGUGCCACUUUUGGCCUACUAGUAUGCAGCUUCACCUUACUAGUAAACUACUGUGAUGCACUAGGUAAGGACUCGAAAGUCAUUAAUACUAGUAGUCAACUAGUGCACCGUUUUGCCUCACUAGUAACGUCUGUGUCCUACUAGUUUGCCUAAUUUUGUCUGACUAGUGAGGAUAGAGCAUACUAGUACCGAUUGAAUAAAAACUUGAGCAGCUUUCCAUGAAGUUAUCAGAACAUUUAUUCAACAUCUAAACCUUAAGAAAACUACUUGUGCAUGACAAACAACAGUUUGGCCCAGUAAGGCAGCAUUGUGCUUUACUAGUAUGUUUUAAUUACAUAUUAGGAAUCCAAAAGUGGCAGUAGUUGUGGAAAAAAAUAUUACUCGUAAGACAAUCGUUUUACUAGUGCAGUGAAAUGUCUUACUUGUGAGAACAAAGAACUUGAGAUGGAUAUCAAGGAAAUACAAGAAAUGCUCAAACAGAAAGAUGGUCUUCAGAUCUGAAAAAAUUUAUUGACAAACUUGUUUGUUUUUUUUUUUGUCCAAGCCCUGAGUGAGCAAUGCACUCCCAAACCACAAUGCCCCCUCCACCACACUGCACUAUGUACGUGUCCAUCACGUGAGACCCGAUUCCAAGCAGUUUCUUCGACGUAAAGCCAACCCGCGUAACCCCAAACUGUCCUCAUAACACCCAUGAAGCAUCAGAAUGCUAAUUUCACCAUACUAACAAGGACGUGAGGACUAAGUUACUCACUAGAUAACAUUUUCUAACACUCCUGCCAUGCCACUGAUCCUCCGUGUUGUGUUGAUCACACAUAUCACAGCGCAUGCUCGCCAUGCAGGAUUUUUACGGACGACGACACAGAUGCCUUGCUUGUUUUGUUCACCAACGUUGUGCACUGAAUCAAGCCACAAAUAUUGUAAAAUAGAUGAAAAGGGAAGCCGGCUGGCUGGUUGGUGGCUCGUUGUUGUUUUCUAGAGCCGGUCGAGGAGCGCAUGUUCUCCUAAAUAAAAACUUACUAACACUCCCGCUGUAAAAAUGGCCACUUUAGUCGCAGUAUCAUUCGCUCUAUUGCUAUUAUUGCUUGUGUAGGACCGUUGUUUUUAUGUGAUUAUUUAUUCAGAAACUCGGACAUACACCUGAAAAUUGUUAGCUUGACCAAAAGUGCAAAUGCUGAGGCGCAUGUCAAAAAGAUGUUUUAUUUAUUUGCGUGUCUGCCGGGAACCCUCUUCACUCUUUCUUCAAGGCAUUGUUGUACAACUAGAAAGGACUUCUUGCGGUAUGUUGUCAUGGUAACACUGUUUACAGUCAAGGCCGUAAAGGCUACACACACAAACACACAGAGCGAACCACAAACCAAUUCUUUAGCCAUAGCGUAAAUGAACACCUUGGUCCUUCUUAGCUGUCACUGGUUUUGAAAAUAUGUGUCGACAUUUUAAGGAAAAAAAAAAGAUUUAGAGCUCUUCUAUUACUUGCCACAACUUAAUACUCAGCUUUGUGCUCUUCGGAAUCGUGUCUGUCCACUUGAACUAUGCUGUCUACUCGUGUUUAGCAACGUUGUGUGAAUACUAUUACUAUCUGAUGUGUAAAAAGGAAAGUUAAAGGCACACAAGUGUAGGCCUAUCUCAUGGAAUACAAUAAAGAUUAUUUCACCAAAGAG